AUGAGAUAUAAUAUCAUUUUUGUUUUCUUAAUAUUCAAAAAAAUAAUCUAUUUAAGUAAUUUUAACAUUAUUCUAGCCAAUUGUUGUCCGAUAGAAUAUUUAAGGUGUCGGGGACAUAGCCCAUAUUGCGAAAUUUGCGUUUCAGGCUUCUAUUUAAUUGAUCCCUUUUACUAUUAAUGUUCAAAACCAUGUGUAGAUUGUGAUACGUAAGUAAACAUUUGUAGUACUUGAGUUGAUACUCGAAAUUAAACACCUCCUCAAUGUAAUUGUGUUGAUGGAUUCAUAAUGGAUACUGCAGAUUACUUUUGCAUUUAAUGUGAAUUUCCAUGUGCUACAUGCUAAACAACAGUGGAUCAUUGCUUAACAUGCAAUGAUGGAUAUUUUGAUGUCAAUCAUAUCUGCUAACAAUGCUAAUAUCCAUGCACAAAAUGCGAAUUAUAAAAUGAUCAUUGUCUUGAAUGUUUAGAUCCAAAUCAUGAAUUAAUCAGUAAUAAAUGUGUAUGUAAAUAUGGAUUUGGCUCUUCAGGAAUUAGUAAUAUCAAUUGUUCACUCUGUUAAUAUCCAUGUCUUGAAUGCUCAAGUAGUGUUAACACUUGUCUCUCUUGCAUUGAUAAUAAUAGAUUCAAACUUAAAAAUAGCAAAUGUAUAUGUAAGUAAGGUUAUUUUGAAGUAGGAAUUGAUUGUUUAUAGUGUUCAUCAUAAUGUUCUACUUUAUCAGAAUAAUCUAAUAAAUGUUUAUCAUGUUCUGACCCUAAUCAAGUAUUAUAAUUAAAUGAUUGUUAUUGUAAACCAGGUUAUUAUACAGAUAAUUAUAAGAAUUGUUUACAAUGUUAACAUCCUUGUCUAACUUGUAAUUAAGAUUUUUGCAUAUCUUGUUAAGAUGGAUAUUAUCUUAUUGAAGGAUAAUGUAAAUGUGAAGAAGGAUAUUAUGAUAUUGAUUUUCAUUGUGAAAAAUGUAAUUACGAUUGUAGUAAAUGUAUCUCAUCAUACGAAUGUACCGAAUGUAUAGAUUAAUAUUAUUUUUAAAAUACUUAAUGUUUAAAAUGUCAAAUCCCAUGUUUAUAAAGUGUUGAUAUUUAAACUUGUAAAACUUGUUCUGAUAAUUAUAUCAUUGAUGGUCAAGGAAAAUGUACAAAAUGAAUCUAAAAUUGUGAAUAUUGUAUUGAUUCAACUAAUUGUGUUAAGUGUUUUGAUGAAUUCUAUUAUCAUAGUUAAGCAUGUAUCCCUUGUUCUGAUUAAUGUUAGACAUGUGUAAAAGAUAGUAAAUUUUGUACAUCUUGUAAAGAUUCAAAUUAAAUAUUAAAUAAAAAGACAGGUAUGUGCCAUUAAAUUAAUAAUUUUGGAGAUCAGUAUGAUCAUAAUAAUUUGGAAUAAAUACUAUUACUCCAAGAUAUCAGAUGCAAUUAAAAUUAAUUAUUAAUAGGUUAUGAAUGUAUUAAUUAAUGUGGAAAUGGUAUACUUAAUGAAUAAUAUGAAUAAUGUGAUGAUGGUAAUCAACUUGGAGGAGAUGGAUGCUCCUUCCUUUGUAUUCAAGAGGAUUCCUAUUAGUGCAAAAACUAUGUAAAUUCUCCAUGUAUUUGUUCAUUUAUUCAAGCUCCAGAUUUUAGAUUGA